CUGAUUUUUUCUUAUAUUUAUCUUGAAUAUUUUUUUUAUUUUUUUGCUGUUUUGGUGCUAUUAAAAAUAAAUACAAUUUUUGCCCUAUUAAAUAAUUUAUAAAAAAAAUUUUUUUAAAGUCCAACUAAUUAGCCUAGUAAUUUUACAAAAAAAAUAAGGGGGUGUGAAAUUAGAGACUCUCUCUCUUUUUUUUAUUAUCCGUUAACAAAAAAUAGAUUGUUUAAAAAGGCGUUAUUUGUGCUUUCUAUUAAAGGGGAGAGAAAGGAAAAUAUUUUGGUAUUCAUGCAAAUAUAAUUGUGAGGUCAUCACAUCCGCUUUUUCUUUUUUUUAAGUACAUUUGGGUGUAAAAAAGUGAUUUAAAGGUUGAUAAUUCCUUAUUCCCUUAGGUUUGCGCUUUGGUGUAGUUGGAAAGUUUCUAGUUUAGAGCAUAUGGGGGUCAAAGGUUCGAAUCUUUUUGUUGGUAAACGAUGUGUUGAAAUUAAAAUAGCUAUGAUUUGUUUAGUUUUUUGGGUGUGGUGUUUUGGUGUAGUUGGAAAAUGCUUGGGCUUAACUUGUUGGGGGUCGAAGGUUCGAAUCCUUUUGUUGGUAAACGAUGUGUUGAAAUUAAAAUAGGUUGUAUUUUUGAUUUUUUCGAUUUAUUUUUUUAUUU